AUGACGGAUCAAACGGACCCAUCUUCCAGUCCUAGUAUGCCGUUGUUGCCGAUCUCCCCCAAGCCUAAUGGGAAAGGCGAGGGAAAGUACUCGGAGGCAGAGGCAGAGAGGGAGGAAGCAGAGGAAGGAGGCCGAGCCUCAAACUUGAAGAGAAUAUUCGUAUAUUUGGUGAUAAGAUUAGCUCUGGGAUUCUCGUCGGGACUCGAGCUGCGAUCCGACAACUGGACGGCUUUGCUUGCACGGGCGGAAAAGCGGUCGAAGACAUACUUCGCAUCAUCGGCCAUCGUGCUAUUUAUCGCGAUGCUAUUCAUGGUCGCCACUCCGGACCCUUCAACAACCUCCACUGCCUCCCUCACGGCGCUUGUAGUGGCCGCCCUUUCGUCAUUUGGCUCGCUCACUUGUAGUGUUUCCACUAUCCCCAGGAUACCAGACGUUUCUUUGAUACAAAUUAAACGUUUUGUUUCAAACGAAUCAUUCCACGCUGCGUUCCCUCUCUCGUUGUUAUGCAUCCCGAUCCUGUUUAACGUCGUCGCCAACUUUGCCUUGGUGGUCGCCCUUACGAUCAUGGUAUGGGAACAAAUAUUCUGGAAUCAUGCUAAUGCACCGAUCUAUAUGGCGAUCCCCAAACAAAUGGGGGUGCCAGUCAGAAUUCCUUGCGAGGGCAAAGACCAGUUCGAGAUAGUACAAGUCACGGUAAUCGUCGAAAAAGCGGUGACGAUUAUCAUUAGCGGGUGUUGUACCCGAGUGUGGACAAAGCACGGACAGGAUAGCGGGGGAGAGCUUGGUCAAAACGAUGUCCCGUAG